UGAAAAAGGUCCCAAACCCAAAGAUUCAUGGUCUGCAGAAUUUCCAAUCGGAGACGAAGACCCAACCCCUAUAUCCAGGGAAACACCCACACCUUCCUCCCUUUCUCUUCUUAGAUCUCUUUUCCCUUCACAAACACCGAAAUUAUUAAGGGGGUCUCCUCCAAGUCUCCGCCGUGUUCAGUUCUCUAGUUCUCAAUUCCCAAUUUCCCCCUCAUUUUCCGGCGACAAUCCAAGUUUCGGUCUCCGCCUUGGGGUCUCGCGUUGGUUUUUGUCAAAACCAUCCUCCAUUGAUCUCCUCGUCUUCUUGUUUGGGUUCCUCAAUUACUCUUCCCAUUAAGGGUCGAUAGGCGUAUUGGCGCUUCGGAUAGAUCGCGAACCGGAAUCUGGGAUCGGAAAUUAGAGGCUGGACAUGGAUAAUAUAAUCAGUAAACUUCGGAAUUUGGAUGCUUACCCUAAAAUUAAUGAGGAUUUCUACAGCCGGACGCUCUCCGGUGGCGUUAUCACGCUUGCGUCUUCCAUUGUCAUGCUCUUGCUAUUCAUUUCCGAGCUACGGUUGUAUCUCCAUGCUGUAACAGAAACAAAGCUCGUAGUUGAUACAUCAAGAGGAGAAACCCUACGUAUCAAUUUCGAUGUUACGUUUCCUGCCCUUCCUUGUUCUUUAUUAAGUCUUGAUGCAAUGGACAUCAGUGGAGAGCAACACCUAGAUGUGAAACAUGACAUAAUCAAAAAAAGGCUGGACUCUCAUGGCAACGCUAUCGAAGCUAGACCAGAUGGGAUUGGUGCUCCUAAGAUUGAAAAGCCCUUACAGAGACAUGGUGGCAGGCUUGAGCAUAACGAGACAUAUUGUGGUUCCUGCUAUGGAGCUGAAUCAGCAGACGAUGAUUGUUGCAAUUCAUGUGAGGAAGUUCGUGAGGCUUAUCGAAAGAAAGGUUGGGCUUUGUCAAACCCAGAUUUGAUUGACCAGUGCAAAAGAGAAGGGUUUCUUCAAAGGAUCAAAGAUGAGGAUGGUGAAGGAUGCAAUAUAUAUGGAUUUUUGGAGGUUAAUAAGGUUGCCGGAAAUUUCCAUUUUGCACCUGGGAAAAGUUUUCAACAGUCAAAUGUUCAUGUUCACGAUAUCUUGGCUUUCCAAAAGGACAGCUUCAAUAUAAGUCACAAGAUUAACAGAUUAGCUUUCGGAGAAUAUUUCCCUGGCGUAGUGAAUCCUUUGGAUAACGUGCAAUGGAAACAAGAAACACCAAGUGCAACAUACCAAUAUUUUAUCAAGGUUGUACCUACUGUCUACAAGGACGUUAGUGGGAAUACCAUCCAGUCAAACCAGUUCUCUGUCACAGAACAUGUAAGGACUGCAGAAGUUGGACAACUUCAGUCAAUUCCUGCAGUUUUCUUCUUCUAUGACCUUUCUCCUAUCAAGGUCACAUUCACCGAGGAGCAUGUGUCAUUCCUCCACUUCUUGACAAAUGUAUGCGCUAUAGUUGGAGGUGUCUUCACCGUCUCAGGAAUAUUAGAUUCAUUCAUAUAUCAUGGUCAGAAGGUGAUCAAGAAGAAGAUGGAGCUUGGUAAGUUCAGCUGAUAAUGGACUUAUUUUAUUUGAGUUGUUGACGCUACAGAAGCCUUGCAGCAAAUUCCAACUUUGAUGAUGAUCAAAAUCAAGAGAAUCAAAAUGGUUAGUCCGCUGUAUUAGAUUACGGUUGAAGUUUGUUGCCAUGAUUUUACUCAGUUGGGAAAGGAGCUGAGCUCCCAUCUCUGUUUCAUAUUUAAAACCAUUUGUUUACAGUUUCACGAGUCUUUUAACUGUGUCGAAAAUGUGAAUAUCCACAUGAGAGGUAUAGACAGGAUUCUCAUUAUCUGUGGGAUCCCAAUUUUUUGUUUUUAUCAAUCCGAGCCUAUAACUCAGUGGAUAAGACACCCAUUACCAUCCCAAAAGUCAAAGGUUAUUUCUAAGAAAAGACUUUAACUUGUGUCAAUAUUGCAUCACAUAAUUUGUUACAAAUCCUUUAUUCAGAAAAAUAUAGUUUAUAAGGCAUAGAUGUAGUUUGGGGAAAAUACACUAUCAAAAACUGUCCUUUCCUUAGCUUGCACUCUACCGAUUACGACUAUUAACAUUUUUCUUA